AUGUCUCUUUUUAUUUCUGUAGUGUGCGUCGGUCAAAACAGCGUUCCUCUUAACAUACAUGGUCUGGACAUGACAGUUCAAGUAACGUCCCUCUUUAUUUCUAUGGCCUUUGACCUUCAAAACAGCGUUCCUCUUUAUACACAUGGUCUGGACCUGACAGUCCAAGUAAUGUCCCUUUUUAUUUCUGUGGUCGGAUGGUCUGGACAUGACAGUCCAAGUAAUGUCUCUCUUUAUUUCUUUAUUCGGGUACCAGUCAAAAACAGCGUUCCUCUUUAUACACAUGGUCUGGAGCUGACAGUCCAAGUAAUGUCCCUUUUCAUUUCUAUGGUCUGCGAUCAUCAAAACAGCGUUCCUCUUUAUACACAUGGUCUGGACCUGACACUCCAAGUAAUGUCUCUCUUUAUUUCUGUGGUCGGGUACCCGUCAAAACAGCGUUCCUCUUUAUACACAUGGUCUGGAGCUGAAAGUCCAAGUAAUGUCCCUUUUCAUUUCUAUGGUCUGCGAUCAUCAAAACAGCGUUCCUCCUUAUACACAUGGUCUGGACCUGACACUCCAAGUAAUGUCUCUAUUUAUUUCUGUGGUCGGGUACCCGUCAAAACAGCGUUCCUCUUUAUACACAUGGUCUGGGCAUGA